AAAGGGGGGAGAGAGAGAGCAUGAGUGAGUGAGUGGGAGGCGUCUCUGAGGUGGAAUAUGUAAAAAGUCUAAACAACAAGUCCUCCAAGCUCGGGGACAGACGGGAGCUAGUAUAAAUGUGCUGCUGUUGGCGCGGGGGUAAUAGGGGCCAAAAAACACCCUCCCCCUCUCUGGAUGUAAGCGCGCCACUGGCCAUGGCCACUCUGGAGGGCUGUCAUUGUCAGGGCGCCGGGGGGCAAAACAAUAACAACAGCAUCCUGUACAACAUACUGAAGAACGACAGCCUUACGACCACCGAGGAACCAACAUCACAACCACAACACAGACAGCAGCACCAAGUGCUCAAGGUCUCCUCCUGCUCCUCUUCUUCGCGGUUCGAGCUUAGGCAGCAACAGGCUUGCUCUUGCGGUUCCUCGCUGCGACGGGGGUCUCUCCGGUCCCCCCAGGUGACCUGCAAAGCCGCAUCGGCGGUCCUCAUGAAGACUCUGCGAUUUGUAAAGAACGUGCCGUGUUUCCGCGAGCUUCCCGAGGAUGACCAGCUGCUGCUCGUUCGGAACGGCUGGGUGCCGCUGCUUGUGCUGGGCCUCGCGCAGGACCGGGUGGACUUCGAGACCACGGAGACCGCGGAACCUAGCAUGUUGCAGCGGAUCCUGACCGGCGGCUGUGUCAGCCAAGGCGGCUUAAUGGACAGACAGGUUGAGCCGGAGCAGAGCGCGGGAACACCCGGGGUCUCUCUCGCGGAUAUCCAGGGCAUCAAAGAGUUCCUGAAAAAGUGUUGGGGUUUAGACAUCAGUACCAAGGAAUAUGCCUACCUCAAAGGAGCCGUGCUCUUCAACUCAGAUCUCCCUGGUCUGUGCUACCUCAACUACAUCCAGUCACUGCGGAGCGAGGCUCACCAGGCUCUCAACGAGUAUGUGAAGCUGAUCCACAGGGACGACGCCACGCGCUUUGCCAAGCUGCUCAUCGCCCUGGCCAUGCUGAGGGCCAUCAGCCCCCCGGUGGUGGCACAGCUCUUCUUCAAGCCCAUCAUUGGAGCCGUCAAUAUGGAGGAGGUCCUGCUGGAGAUGUUCUAUGGGAAGUAGAGGCUUUCUAUGGUCCUGUCCAGAAACAACCCCUAGAUAUAGCCCCCAAGUCCUUCUCUUAGUCCUUACUCCCUAGGCAAUUUCACCUAUUCCAUACCCACUAGAAACGUGACCUUGCCAUAGACUCUCCACCCCCAUUUCCCCACUUCCGCUAGCCCCUAGCUCCUAUUGGAUAGUAAUAAGCAAAAAAAACAUGCCCAAUACAGGAACAAUAUGAUAGCUCCACCUUGCCCUCCAGUUGGCUAUACAGGAACAAUAUGAUAGCUCCACCUUGCCCUCCGGUUGGCUAUACAGGAACAAUAUGAUAGCUCCACCUUGCCCUCCAGUUGGCUAUACAGGAACAAUAUGAUAGCUCCACCUUGCCCUCCAGUUGGCUAUACAGGAACAAUAUGAUAGCUCCACCUUGCCCUCCAGUUGGCUAUACAGGAACAAUAUGAUAGCUCCACCUUGCCCUCCGGUUGGCUAUACAGGAACAAUAUGAUAGCUCCACCUUGCCCUCCAGUUGGCUAUACAGGAACAAUAUGAUAGCUCCACCUUGCCCUCCGGUUGGCUAUACAGGAACAAUAUGAUAGCUCCACCUUGCCCUCCAGUUGGCUAUAAAGGAACAAUAUGAUAGCUCCACCUUGCCCUCCAGUUGGCUAUAAAGGAACAAUAUGAUAGCUCCACCUUGCCCUCCAGUUGGCUAUACAGGAACAAUAUGAUAGCUCCACCUUGCCCUCCGGUUGGCUAUAAAGAAACAAUAUGAUAGCUCCACCUUGCCCUCCGGUUGGCUAUAAAGGAACAAUAUGAUAGCUCCACCUUGCCCUCCAGUUGGCUAUACAGGAACAAUAUGAUAGCUCCAUCUUGCCCUCCAGUUGGCUAUACAGGAACAAUAUGAUAGCUCCACCUUGCCCUCCAGUUGGCUAUACAGGAACAAUAUGAUAGCUCCACCUUGCCCUCCGGUUGGCUAUAAAGGAACAAUAUGAUAGCUCCACCUUGCCCUCCAGUUGGCUAUACAGGAACAAUAUGAUAGCUCCAUCUUGCCCUCCAGUUGGCUAUACAGGAACAAUAUGAUAGCUCCACCUUGCCCUCCGGUUGGCUAUAAAGGAACAAUAUGAUAGCUCCACCUUGCCCUCCGGUUGGCUAUACAGGAACAAUAUGAUAGCUCCAUCUUGCCCUCCGGUUGGCUAUACAGGAACAAUAUGAUAGCUCCAUCUUGCCCUCCAGUUGGCUAUACAGGAACAAUAUGAUAGCUCUACCUUGCCCUCCGGUUGGCUAUACAGGAACAAUAUGAUAGCUCCACCUUGCCCUCCGGUUGGCUAUACAGGAACAAUAUGAUAGCUCCAUCUUGCCCUCCAGUUGGCUAUACAGGAACAAUAUGAUAGCUCCACCUUGCCCUCCGGUUGGCUAUACAGGAACAAUAUGAUAGCUCCACCUUGCCCUCCGGUUGGCUAUACAGGAACAAUAUGAUAGCUCCACCUUGCCCUCCGGUUGGCUAUACAGGAACAAUAUGAUAGCUCCAUCUUGCCCUCCAGUUGGCUAUAAAGGAACAAUAUGAUAGCUCCACCUUGCCCUCCAGUUGGCUAUACAGGAACAAUAUGAUAGCUCCAUCUUGCCCUCCAGUUGGCUAUACAGGAACAAUAUGAUAGCUCCAUCUUGCCCUCCAGUUGGCUAUACAGGAACAAUAUGAUAGCUCCACCUUGCCCUCCGGUUGGCUAUGCAGGAACAAUAUGAUAGCUCCAUCUUGCCCUCCGGUUGGCUAUACAGGAACAAGAUGAUAGCUCCAUCUUACCCUCCGGUUGGCUGUACAGGAACAAUAUAUGAUAGCUCCAUCUUGCCCUCCGGUUGGCUGUACAGGAACAAUAUAUGAUAGCUCCAUCUUACCCUCCGGUUGGCUGUACAGGAACAAUAUAUGAUAGCUCCAUCUUGCCCUCCGGUUGGCUAUACAGGAACAAGAUGAUAGCUCCAUCUUACCCUCCGGUUGGCUAUAAAUGUUUUUUUUGCUAUAUUACAUCUAUCAAAUCCUCUCAGAUCAAUAUCUGUGGGGUUUAUUCUGGACUGGCCCUUUCCAUCGAACGGACAGAAGAACACAUCUGUAGUUCUAGUAGAACUAACUAACUGUUAACCAACCGUUUGAUCUGAAUGGACCAUUGAACAGAAGGACAGACAAAGGAAGAGAUGUGUGUUUUGUUAAAGAUGUUUUGGACACUGGUUGAUUAAGAACAGUGGGGGUGAAGGGGGUGUUGGGGGCAGGCUGAUGAUCAGCCUGUAACUUUCUUUUUAUAUAAAACAAUUUUUCUAUCAUAAAAGUAUUCUCUGAACUGCUUUGCCGUGCUUGUGUCAGGUGAGUGGUGCUCAAACUGUCUCUAUGGUGAUCAGAAAGGUGUAGGAUGAUGUUGCCCCUGGACACUGAUCUAAGGUCAGAGUGGAGUUUUACCCCCUAACGAUUAAGGUUAAGGGUAAAAUGUUCCUAGAUCUGUGCCUAAGGGCAACAUCUACCCAGACAGAUCAGAAAACCCAAUGUUCCUUUUCAGUAACUAUGGUGGAUUAUGUGUUCUGAAUAAAGUUUGAUGUCUGUUCACAGUUCGCUGCUCCCCCAUGCAAUCUUUAAUUCAACACGGGUCUGAAUUGGGAGCAGCAAACAUGGAGCGGACAUGACCUUUUUUC